GUGGUGACCGCCGAGGGGACGGAUGCCCUUCAGUCGCUUCUGACGUGCGCACCGCUGGAGGCAGUGGCGCUGCAGACCGGUGGUACUCUGCUCCUCUUCUCUGGAUUAACUAGCGAGGGGGGAAAAAGGAGGAGGAGGGAGGAAGAGCUGCUGGGUGGCCAUGUGAGCAAAGUCUGCACAGAGACAACAAACCCUCCCCAAAGUAUGCGCGGCGGCUACGGUGUUGCUGGUGCGGGCGGGGGCUGGUGGACGUCCGCUUGACACAGGUGGACGCGUAGCGAGGAGCGCGGCAGCUGAUCGCCGCGAGAGGAGGCGCACCAGGCGACUGCGGUGCCAAGCUCACGUCGGCGUGCUCCCAGAGCGUUUUGGAUGCGCUGCUCAUCCCGCUUACCUCUUCAUCAUUUUGGUGAUCAACUAGUCGAUUGAGGAAGAGGAGCUCUCUGUGCAGAGGACAGCAUGUCUAAGGAGGCGAGAGGAAGAGGUUCGUCACGCAAGCACAGCGCCACCCACUGGUGUCUGCAGAACAUUGCGCAAGAAUCUGUGGACACCUCUGAUGAGGAGUUUUUCGAUGCGCGAGCAGAUGUGAUGGAGGGGAAAAGUGCCAUGCUGCUGGGCAUGAGUCAGUGGAACUCCAACGACCUGGUGGAGCAGAUUGAGACACUGGGACACAUGGACCCGUCUCAUGAGGUCCUCUACCAGCUGGGCGAUCCACGCUGUGCCCCCCAAAGCAGCAUCGAAGGACUGGAGGACGGAGAGAACACUAAAUGUCGGACGCACGUGCUGCUGCUUGUGGUACACGGGGGCAACAUCUUGGACACAGUGGGGGGCGACCCUAGCGCCAAGGCGGGCGACGUGGCCACCCUGGCCUCCGUGCUGGACAAGGUGACGCGCGCGCACUUCCAGGCUGCCGCCGAGCACGUGAUGAUCAAGCUGGUGCCGUGCCCGGCUGUGUGCGCCGAAGCCUUCUCGCUGGUGUCCAAUCUGAAUCCGUACAGCUACGACGAGAGCUGCGUGUCGAGCAGCGUGGACCACCUGCCGCUGGCCGCCCUGCCGCUGCUCGCUAUUGUCUCGCCGCGCUACCAGGACGCCAUCGCCACUGUCAUCGCCCGCGCCAAUAAAGUCUACCGCCACUUCCUGCAGUCCGAUGACGGGCAGGGCUUCUCGGGACAGGUGUGCCUCGUGGGCGACUGCGUGGGCGGCGUGUUAUGUUUUGAUGCGUUGUGCUUCAGCAACCAGCAAAGACCUGGAAGCCCAAACAACAACAACACUAGCGGCAGCAGGAAUAACAGCACUGAAAGUCUCAAGGAAAUCUCGGGCCUGCUAGGAGAGUCCAGUCCUGGUCUGAGCUCCAGCAAAAGGCUCAGUAAGAGCAACAUCGACAUCUCGGCCCCCAACGAAGGCCGCUGCCAGGGGGCCCCACCCCUCAGCCGCAAGCAGAGUGACUCGUACGACGGCGACACGUCGUCUACUGGCCAGCACGUCUUCUUCUCCAGUCUGAUGAAGGAGAGCGGGGAGGUGCGCGGCAGCAGUAACAGCAGCCCGAGUCUGCUGCUUAAUCCUGGACGCUUGGACUUCGAUGUGUCAGACUGCUUCCUGCUGGGCUGUCCUUUGGGUCUGGUGCUAGCCAUGCGGCGCACCGUGCUGCCCGCUGUCCAGGUGCAUCAGCUCCAUCCGGCCUGCUCUCAGAUCUUCAACCUUUUCUUCCCGUCGGACCCUUCGGCCUCCAGGCUGGAGCCUCUGCUGCAGCCUCUCUUCCAUAAGCUGCCCCCCUUCGCUGUGCCACGCUAUCAACGCCACCCACUGGGCGACGGACGCUCUUUGGUCAUAGGCGAGAGCAUCCAGGGCCAUCCGGACGUGUUUCUAGAGGGCGAUCAGACCCCCGCGGCUCCUCAGUCUUCCUCUGGGGAAAGAGCUCGACGGGCCAGCGUGACGAGCUUGGAGAGCCAAAUGUCCAUCGGCUCCGUCGGCCAUCAGCUGGGCGACGCCCUCGCAAACAUUUCCAGUGGCUGGUGGGGCUCCAAGAGGCUGGACUAUUCCCUCUACUGCCCCGACGUUUUGACCACCUUCCCCACGGUGGCACUGCCGCACCUUUUUCACGCCUCCUACUGGGAGUCCACCGACGUCGCUGCCUUUGUCCUCCGACAGCUCAUGCGGUGUGACUUUGUGAAGACGCACGAAGCAGACAAUCUGGACUCGGCCCCCUUCUCGCCCUCCAGCCCGCGAGAAAAGUGGCUGCGACGGAGGACGCACGUCAAGCUGAGGAACGUCACCGCCAACCACCGGGUGAACGACGUCAUCGCCACAGAGGACGGACCACAGACGCUGGUCGGCCGCUUCAUGUACGGGCCCUUGGACAUGGUGACACUAACGGGAGAAAAGGUGGACAUCCUGCUGAUGACGCAGCCCCAGUCGGGACGCUGGGUGCACUUUGACACGGAGGUGACCAACAGCAAUGGCCGGGUGACGUACACCAUACCCAGCGACAAGAAGCUCGGCCUCGGAGUCUAUCCUGUUAAGAUGGUGGUCAAGGGCGAUCAAACGUCUGCCGAGGCCUACCUGACGGUCUUGCCCCGCGGCAUGGAGUGCCUGGUCUUCAGCAUCGACGGUUCUUUCGCCGCCAGCGUGUCUAUCAUGGGCAGUGAUCCCAAGGUCCGCCCCGGAGCCGUGGACGUCGUAAGGCACUGGCAAGACCUCGGCUACCUGAUCAUCUACAUCACGGGUCGUCCUGACAUGCAGAAGCAGCGCGUGGUGUCUUGGCUGUCGCAGCAUAAUUUUCCUCACGGCAUGAUCUUCUUCUCAGAGGGUCUAGUCCACGACCCACUGCGACAGAAGACCAUCUUCCUCAGGAACCUCAUACACGAGUGUCACAUCAAGAUCAACUCUGCUUAUGGAUCCAUGAAAGACAUCUCGGUUUACAACAUGCUCGGCCUCGGACCGGCACAGAUCCACAUAGUGGGAAGACCUUCAAAGAAGUACCAGAACCAGUGCCAGUUCUUGAGUGAUGGCUACGCAGCGCACCUCUCCACCCUCCAGUUCGGCCACCGAGCCCGACCCAAGAAGUCGCCUUCGGUCCGCAUGGUCCUCAGGAAAGGCUCCUUCGGGCUCACCGCCAAGCCGGACUUCCUGUGCAAACGCACCCACCUGCGCAGGACCAUGUCGGUCCAGCAGCCCGACCCACCCUGCACGCCCAACCCCAAGCCCGAGCGGGCCCAGAGCCAGCCGGAGUCGGACAAGGACCACGGGGGAGGAGGCGGGCAAGGCGUGUGGGUGCGGGGCGUCAUGCAUCGUGGGGACACCACUCCUUGACGCUGGGCCAGCAGAUGGAUGGCUCGCUGGAGGACAGUGGAAGAGUUGAGGCUAAGAUCCGGGGAUGACGACUGCGACGGCGGCGGCACAAUCAGGGGUAAUGGCGUCGUGGUGGCGAGAGCCUGCGGGAGCAAACAGCGCUGACGCGGCCACGCACAUUAAUCACAACUUUGCCGCCGAUGUGACAGACUUCAUUAAUUCUCGCUCAUAUUUGCAGCUUCGUAGCUGCCCCCCUUUUUUUUUUUUUUUUUGUCAGAUGAAGCCCCACUUUUGUCUUCUCGCCUCAAUUUAUUCAACACACGAGGAUACAAGCUUGACAAAGAGAUUCGUUUCGACCAAUGUACACAGAAGCACUUUUUUGGCCCCCACAUCUGCUGAACAUUUUGCUUGGCUUUGCCCCAGAGCUUGCACUACGACAGUCUAAUGCAGUCGUUGAUGAUUCGUCUAUGCUAGACCAGCGGGUUAUAUGGGUUUGUAUUUGUUCAAUUUGAAGCAGCAAAGUGGCCCUGUGGUUACGUCUGCCUCACAGUUCUGAGAUUAGAGGUUCGAGUCUCGGCUCUUGCCUUCCUCUGUGGAGUUUGCAUGUUCUCACCGCACUUGUGUGGGAUUUCUACGUGCACUCCAGCUUCCUCCCACAUUCCAAAAACAUGCAUAUUAGGUUGAUUGAAGAUUCUAAAUUGUCCAUUUGUCGAUAUGUGCCCUGUGAUUGGUUGGCAACCAGUCCAGGGUGUACCACGCCUUCAAAGCCAGCUCCCCCAAAACACUACUGAGGAAAAUGGAUGCAUGACAUGGUUUGAUAUUACAGCAUAUAUUUUUAGUUUUUUUGUGGGGAGGAGCUGUAUUUUUCAGUAUUUUUUUUGGAUUGUUUGUUAGGUAUUUUUUUUUUUUCUGUAUUAGUGACAUUACCUGAGCAUUUAAAGAAAUAUAUUAGUGGUGUUUUUAUUUGUGUUUUAAAGAGGUAGUAUUUUUCUGUAUUAAUUUUUUUAUUUGCUAUUUUCCAGCUUACCCAUGGCCACUGUGAGAAUAAGCGGCAAAGAAAAUGAAUGGAUGGAUAUUUAUUUGAAUUCAUAAAUUACAACAAAACCGAAGAUUAUGUUUAUCAGCUAAUGAUUGAUGAUUGAUGCAAAACAUGUUGCGACAAGAACGGACAUGAGAGGCUAUGUUAGCGUUGAAUGUGAUAGAAGCAAGGCUAGUUUGCCUCAGUAAAUAGCUGAAAGAAAAGAACAAAUGUGCUUGGUGGUGGUUUUUUUGGCACUUGCAAGAAGCACGUUGCUUUGUUGUUAGCCUUGUGUUUAACAUUAGGAUUCUUCGUCCACAGAGGGCAGAAAUGUCUUCUCUUUUAUUUGCGCUGAGUGUCCGUUUGAAGACAGGACUUCUGUGGAUCAGCAACUGCUACACAUGCAAACAGGAGCAAAAAGUGAUGAAAUAAUAUGUUAAAAUGAAAAAAAAAUCCAACUGAAUUUAUUUGUAACUGACUUUGAUUGUUGUGUGAAUGCUGAAAGACAAGCCGAGUUGAAAAAUGUUUUCUAUUGUUCUUGUUCAAGUGGAAAUUCCAAAGCAAAUUCUUAAUUUGACAAAUAUUUUGGUGGGUAAACAAUUAAAGGUUACUACAUUUCAUGUACUGUUUGACACUGAACGAGACUAUUUUAGAUCUGCAAUUUCCUUCGAGCAAAAUUGUUUGAGAUUGGCUGGGGACGAGUUCAGGGUGUACCCUGCCUCAUGCCCAGACUUGGCUGGGAUAGGCUCCAGCACGCCCGCGACUCUACUGAGGAUAAGCGGUACAGGAAAUGAACGAAUGAAUUAGUUUGAAAAAACAAAAAGUAAUUGAUCAAGUAUGCUGCUCAUAUCCACUAGGGGCCGUAUUUGCAUUUUAUGUGGUGAUUGCUAUGGUAUGCUGUGAUGUAUUAACCUGUGCACAUUUCUGAUUUUUGUUUUUUCUCUUUCAGCAUUUACAUGCAAUUUCUGCUGCAUUUCCCCACCAGUUCUUGCCGUAGCUUAGUAGCUAUUCGCACACGUAUGAGGAGUCAAUCGGUGCGCUCGGGGUCCGAUUGAGGCUGCCUGUGAACAUGUGUGAGCACUCUGUACAAACCUAUUUUUCUAUGAGCAAAUUUUGUAAAUAGAAAAAUAUUUUAAUUGUCCCUGGGGACCUACAGACAGGUCUCAACUUGUUGUUGUUGUUUUUUGCCUUAAGUUGUACUCGAUGUUGUUUUUUGACCAAAGUACUCCUGUACAUGUUGUUAGCUUAAGUAAUUAGCUAUUUAAUUAGUGUAUGUAUAUGACUCCCUGCAGUCUAAUUGCAUCAAUUAGUGUUGCGUGUACAAUAAUGUAUAACUGGUUGUAAUUGAGUGUACACAAUGUUGCUAUAAGCAAUUAACAAAUAAAAAGGUGGCAAAAUGUAACAACAGACAUAACAUUAAAUGGUGCGUUUAAUUUACUAGUGUCCAGUUUGCUGCCCGUCAGCUGGUUUGUGGUGAAAAAUUCAAAUGUUUUGAGUCAGAGUGCUUUCAUUAUUGCUAAAAGAAAAGAAAGAAAGUUAUUGACAGUCAGUUGUCAUCGUAUGAGAAUAAAGUUGUUGUUUUUUCAUUUCAUUACAUUAGCUACACCUGCACAAUCUAAUGAGAUAGAUUAGUCAUAAUAUUAAAGACAAAGUUUAAGAAGGGAAGAAAGGCCUAAAAAAUAUAACUUUAUUCUCAUAAUUUUACACUUUUUAUUCAGGAAAAUAUGCCGUUAUUCAAGGUGUGCGUCACUAUCAUUUUUGUAAGUGAUUUUGAGUAAUUGAUUUAGUAAGGUUGUUUUAUUGGCGGAGUUUGCAUGUUCUCCCCGUGCCUGCGUGGGUUUUCUCCGGGCACUCCGGUUUCCUCCCACAUCCCAAAAACAUGCAUAAAUUGGAGACUUUAAAUUGCCCGUAGGUGUGACUGUGAGUGCGAAUGGUUGUCUGUUUGUAUGUGCCCUGCGAUUGGCUGGCAACCAGUUCAGGGUGUACCCCGCCUCCUGCCCGAUGACAGCUGGGAUAGGCUCCAGCACGCCCGCGACCCUAGUGAGGAGAAGCGGCUCAGAAAAUGGAUGGAUGGAUGGAUGUUUUAUUGGCACACUGGUCCCCCAUGUGUAGUUAUGUAUAUUUUUUUAUUGUAGAACCACAUAAUACGUCUCAUGGAUCCCCGGGGCUCCAGGACCCCAAUUUGGUAAACACAUAAUGUAUAAUGUCAAUGUCCCAAACGUGGGAAAAUGUGUUACGGUCUGAUGAAGCCAAGGUCGAACUUUAUGGCAUUGACUCUAAAAAGUAUGUUUUCCAAAAGAACCCCAAAAAGCCUGACGGUGGCAGCUUCAUGGUUUGGUGCUGUUUUUCUUCAGCUGGAACUGUGGCCUUGGUCAAGGUACAGAAGACCGAAUUAUGAACAGUUCCAAAUACCCGCACAAAACCUUCAGGCUUGUGCUAGUAAGCACCUCAACUUUAUUUUGGGUUAAUCAGAGGCUCUUUUAAUCAUGCAGGUGUGUACUGACUCCCAUUUAACACUAGUUUGAAUGUGAUUGGUUAAUUCUGAACACAGCCACAUCCCCAGUUAUAAGAGGGUGUGCGCACUUGUGCAACCACGCUAUCUCAGUUGUUUAUUUUUACCUCCCCUCUCGUGAAGAUUUUGGUUUUCAGUUGAGUUGGACAGGUUAUAGGUCACAUUUAUGUUGGAAAAAUAUUUUUAAUGAUUUAUCUUGGGGUUUAUUUCUAGGUCAAAAACCUUGUGUUCGAAAAGAGGUGUGUAGACUUUUUCUAUCCACUUUGUAAAGAAUGCUAUCUGCCUUUGGCUGUAUAAAGUGCACUAGUGCUUAAAUGUUCCCAGUAAUGAGAUCAAUGAUGGACCAUCUCAACAAAGCAUUAAUAUUUAACUACGUCAUGUGACUUUUCCCCUGUCCUUUGUCUUCAAGAUCCUUGUGUACAUUAAAUCACGUUUUGUCAA